AAUGUAACGAGAUUAUUUAGGUUUCAUGGCAUAAUCCAUAAAAUGUGUUCCAUGAAUAAGAAAACAGCAUUUGUGAGAAUCGUGUGAGAAAGAUUAUCGAGGCUCCAGUUAUCCGUGCAAUAUCCUGGUGUACAAGGAGUUAACUGUGAAAAGUGGCGCUCAGGUCCCCGUCAGCUAUCCCUCCCAGGAAUGUAGAAUGGUUACUCAAGUUGAUGCUGGGGGAUCGUCUGGGGGCGGAGGUCGAGGUUAGGGACACCGGGACACGUUCCUUACUGUAAUAGAGAUCUACGAGUUUGACAAGCCUUUUUUUUUUCCGGUUACUCACAAAGUAACAGCAUCACCCACAAAAAAAACUCGACUCCAAUAAAAGCAGUCUCAGUGAUCCAACAGCAAAGCCUAGAGCAGCAGCACAGCGACUGGUUUUUCCUAAGUGCUGCCCUCCUGAAACUUGGUUUUCAUCUAACAUUUAAUGCCAGCGGGUAGUAUGUGGGCAGCCAAAUCUCUCGUCCUCUUCUUGGCUCUCGUCCUCUUCUCUGCAGAAAGCAAAAAGAACAGAAGGAACGCACUUCAUGAUUAUCAGAAAAUGUCUGGGAUUAUUAUUAUUAAAACAGAAAGUUCUCACAAGGUGAAAACCAAAGUCCUUAACAAUACAAGUGAAUGCGCAAAACGAUGCAGCAGAAACAAAGGCUUCAGUUUUAUCUGCAAGGCAUUCUAUUUUGAAGAAAGCCAAAAACGCUGCUACUGGCUGUCCUUCAACAGCAUCACGCAAGGAGUGAAGAGGAAAUCGGAUCCAGCCUUUGAUCUGUAUGAACACAAAGCCUUUAUAAGAGAGUGUAUUGUUGGUAAAGGAGAGAGCUACCGUGGGAUGAAAUCAGUUACAAGAAGUGGUCUGUCAUGCCAGACAUGGAGUUCUAUGUUUCCUCAUGAGCACAGCUUUUUACCUUCGAGCUAUGGUGGUAAAGACCUUCGAGAAAAUUACUGUCGAAACCCAAAAGGAGAAGAAGGUGGACCUUGGUGUUUUACGACAAAGCCAGAAGUGAGAUAUGAGAGCUGUGACAUUCCUCAGUGUGCAGAUGUGGAAUGCCUUACAUGUAAUGGGGAAAGCUACAGAGGCCCAAUGGACCACACAGAAUCUGGCAAAGAAUGCCAGCGCUGGGAUCUGCAAAAACCACAUCGGCAUAGUUUCCGCCCUGACAGAUAUCCUCAUAAAGCUUUAGAUGAUAAUUACUGCCGUAAUCCUGAUGGCAAGCCUAGACCAUGGUGCUACACACUUGACACUAAAAUACCUUGGGAGUUUUGUGCAAUUAAGACCUGUGAGCACAGCGUUGUCAAUGAUACUGAUAUUACUUCAGACUGUGUAAAAGGCCAAGGAGAAGGUUACCGGGGUACAGUGAGUACCGCAGCAAAUGGUAUCCCAUGCCAGCGUUGGGAUUCCCAGUACCCCCACAAGCACAAGUUUACAUCAGACAACUACAGGUGCAGGGAUCUGAGGGAAAAUUACUGUCGUAAUCCAGAUGGAGCAGAAGGACCCUGGUGUUUCACAACAGACCCCAAGAUAAGAAUAGGAUACUGUUUCCAGAUUAUGAAAUGUGAAGAGAAAACGUCUGCCCUUGACUGCUACCAUGGUAAUGGGGAAACAUAUAAGGGUAAAGUCUCUAAAACGAGAUCAGGGAUAGCUUGCUCAAUGUGGAAUAAGAAUAUUGAAGAUUUAAAAAGGCUUACUACAAAGCACCCCUUGGAGAUGAGCACAGAUCUUAAUUAUUGUCGCAAUCCUGAUGGUGAUAGGCAUGGCCCUUGGUGUUUUACUGAUGACCCGUUCAUUCCAUGGGACUACUGCUUUAUUUCCAAAUGUGAAAACAGUCCAGAGAUCACACCUUUCCUUCCACAAGAUGUGUAUCCUCCCUUGAAGUGCUCCUCAAAUAUACAAGUAAGAAUAGUUGGAGGGCAUAAUGCCAGACCACAAGAAGCAAGUUGGAUGGUCAGCAUACGCUUCAGGGAUAAACAUUUCUGUGGAGGUUCCUUAAUAAAAGAAAACUGGGUUCUUACUGCAAGACAGUGCUUUCCAUCCUGCAAGCCAGAUCUGAGGAACUAUGAAGCUUGGCUUGGAACUGUGGAUGUAAAUGGAAGAAACAGUGACAAAAAUAAACAAGUGGUGAACAUCUCUCAAUUAGUCUGUGGACCAAAGGAUUCAAAUUUAGUUCUUCUCCGACUUGGAAGACCUGUAGAAAUAAGCUACCAUGUAAGUUUCCUCAAGUUGCCUAGACUUGGCUGCAAAAUUGCUGAAGAAACCAAUUGUUCAAUCUAUGGAUGGGGAGAGACAAAAACUCCAGGAUCUGAUGGGCUUCUUAAAGUGGCACACCUUCCCAUUGUUGGAAAUGAGAGGUGCAAUGAAUACCAUGGUGGAAAAAUAACAGUUAAAGAAUCUGAAAUUUGUGCUGGAGGUGACAAGGCUGUUGGAGCAUGUGAGAGAGAUUAUGGAGGUCCUUUGGUAUGUGAGCAUUCAGAAAACAAGUUAGUGCAAGGAGUGAUCAUUCCUGGACGUGGCUGUGCAAUUCGGAACCGUCCUGGGAUUUUUGUCCGAGUUGCUUAUUAUACAGACUGGAUUUACAAAGUUUUACUGACUUUCAAGACAUGGGAAAUGCAGCAAGAGUCAUCAGACAGAUUUAAAACUCAUGAUUCUGGAAAUUUUAAAUAACUGUUUCAUCUUAUUAGACACUGACUUUUGUUUCCAGCUAUGGUUCAUUUCAUUUUUGCAACAGUGUUGUCUUUAACCAAAUGACAGAGAUUGGAGAAAUAUUUCCUGAAGAUACUUGAAGGAACCUAGUAUUCUAUGCUAAUGUGUUGUAGCUAACUGAAAAUCGUUCUUUAAAAUAUAAGAACAGGAGAAAAUAAUAUUAUUCCCACUUCCUGAAGUGCAAAGUGCCUUCUAUAUUAUAAAUCAAGCUUUUACAUUUUUUUACUGCCCCCUUCUAUAAUCCUCUCAGCUAAUAUAAAAAAAUGAAAGAAAAAUAAGAAAGAAAAAAACUACCAUCAGUGAUUCUUGGCUUUCUUCCUCAGAAAAUGUAAAAAAAAAUAACUGUAAAAACUCAUAUCAUAAAUGAUGAUUUAAACUCUGCUGUGCUAUAAAGACAUUACAUUUUCAAAAAUGUAUUUAUCAUCUUUGCCGUUAAUUUUAUUCUGUUACAGUUCACAAGGAGCAUAUUUUUGAAAAGAAAAGGGUUAACUCUCUUGCAGUUGUCAUUUAAUUUUUAUUAUAACUUUACUCCACAGUAGUUCACAGUGAAUGCUGUAAAGUUGUACUAAAAUGUUUUAUUUCACAAAGCUUGAGUGUCUACAAAAGUACAAAAGCCCAGGCGAGAUAAAGACAACCCAAGAUGCUGAGGGCAUCCAGAAAUGUAUUCUGAUAUGCUGAAACCAGAUGUAUUGCAUGCAGCUAGUAUUAAGAAAUAUCAUAAGAAGCUAGUGUUAAAUAUAUAUCUGUUUUCCAGAGACUUUCCAUAUCACUGCUGCAUGUCUGGUAUAUUCAAGGGCUGAAUUCCCAAGUGAAGAAACAAAAACUAUGAAUUUAUUUAAAUAAUGAAUGUUUUAUAAAAUCAUGUUUCAUUUGAAGCUUUGACAAGACAGUCAAGAAUUUUCAGAAGUGUAGGAUUCCAUCAUUAUCUCUUGAUAAUAACAGAAAGAGUAUCUACAUGAGCAUCAGACACCAAGCUCAUGUUUACUUUGGUGGGAAAGAUGCAAGUUUAAUAGGUGUGGAAUUUUAACCAUUCGGUUCAUCCCUCUCCACUGAAACUUACUUCAACAUAUCGUUGUUUUCAUCUACAGCAAUUUUCUAAGAUGUUUAUGUAUAAAGAGUUUUUGGGAAACCUUUCCCAAGCAAACAUAAUAUACUCCAAGGUUAUGAAAUUGACUAUAUAUGG